UGGCACUUUUCGCUCAGUUUUCAGAGAUACUUAUCUCGGGGACCAGUUCGUUGGAGGCGGUCAAAUGUAUUACUUGUUCCUGAUUUUGUGGGCCACUUCUGUGGCCUGCCAGGCUUCCGAGGAGAUCUACCAGCUGCUGGCCAAGAGCCACGCCAACCAGAACCUCAUCGUCUCGCCCGUCUCCAUAGAGACCAUCCUGAGCAUGGUCUACAUGGGCGCUGGAGGGUCGACAGCCCGGGAACUGCAGAGUGCGCUGAGAUUGCCAACAGAGGACAAGCAGGCGGUGGCCACCAAGUACGGGUCACUCCUCAACCAACUCCAGGGACAGGAGCAGGAGAACGGGCCCACACUGAAGGUGGCCAACCGCAUCUACGUCAACGACCAGUUCAGCCUGCAACAGGACUACAACCUGGCUGUGCGGGAUUCCUUCAAGGCCGAGGCGGAGUCCAUCAGCCUGGCCAAUGGUCCUGCGGCUGCCGAGGGAAUCAACCAGUGGGUGCUCAGCCAGACCAGCGGCAAGAUCAAGGACAUGAUCGAUCCCAGCAGCAUGUCGCCGGAUGUCAAGGCCUUGCUGGUGAACGCCAUCUAUUUCAAGGGCCAGUGGGAGUCCAAGUUUGACCCAGAUAAAACGAAAUCCUCCACCUUCCAAGUGAGCGCCGACAAGAAUGUGACCGUCCCAAUGAUGGUGCAGAUGGGGACUUUCAGGGCGAACUACUUCCGAGACCUGGACGCUCAAGUGAUCGAGCUGCCGUACCAGAACUCCAACCUGUCCAUGACCAUCUUUCUGCCCCGUGAAGUCGGAGGCCUGGGCUCUCUGGAGGAGAAGAUCGCUGGAUUCUCCAGGCCACUGGAAGCCAGGGAGGUGUAUGUGAAGCUGCCCAGGUUCAAAAUCGAGUUUCGUGACGAACUUAAAGAGACCUUAGAGAAGCUGGGCAUCCGAGAGCUUUUUACCGACAACUCAGACCUAAGCGGCUUGUUCGGCGAUAAGUCAGGCGGAAAAGUCAGCCAAGUCUCGCACAAGGCGUUCCUGGAGGUGAACGAGGAGGGGGCAGAGGCCGCGGCUGCCACAUCUGUAGCCGUCACGAAUCGAGCUGGAUUUUCUAUGUUCUUCGUGGCCGAUCAUCCCUUUGCCUUUGUCAUUCGCGAUGCGAACACCAUCUUUUUCCAGGGACGCCUGGUUAGCCCUUAAAUAAAUUGAAAAUAAUUAAAGUGCUGAACUGUAUUAUAAGAUAUGUAUGUGAAUUUCAACUUAGGUCUAAGAUACUUUCUAAUUCCAAAUUAGAUUUCACAUCUACCGAAUGGGUGACUAAUAAACGUUUAAGCUUA